GUUGCGCCGGCUGUUGUGGAGAGCUGUCUGAAUGAAAGUGGCGCCGGGAAGCGGCUGGACGUUGGGCUGAGGGAGCAGCGCGUUGGCGGCGGCAGCCGUCGGAGCAGCAGCCCUCUCGGCAGCAGCGGCGGCGGCGGGCACAGUUGGGGACCUGCCCCCCUCCUCUCUUGCUGGCGGAGCGGAGAGGCUGUUCAGGGCGGAGGGGCCGGCGGGGGAAAGGCUCCGGGCCCGGGGGGGGGGGUGUGCAGCGGCCCCGGCCGUCCCGCCGCCGCGUCCGGGGCCAUGGCGCACAACAAGAUCCCACCGCGGUGGCUGCACUGCCCGCGGCGAGGCCAGCCCGUGGCAGGGAAGUUCUUACCUCUGAAGACUAUGUUAGGACCAAGAUAUGAUAGUCAAGUUGCUGAAGAGAAUCGAUUCCACCCUAGUAUGCUCUCCAACUAUCUGAAGAGCCUAAAGGUUAAAAUGGGACUUUUGGUGGAUUUGACGAAUACUACAAGAUUUUAUGACAGAAAUGACAUUGAAAAAGAAGGGAUCAAGUAUAUAAAGCUUCAGUGUAAAGGUCAUGGGGAAUGCCCUACAGCUGAGAACACAGAUACAUUCAUUCGUCUAUGUGAACGUUUUAAUGAGAAGAAUCCUCCUGAACUUAUAGGUGUUCACUGCACUCAUGGUUUCAAUAGAACUGGUUUCCUCAUCUGUGCCUUCUUGGUUGAGAAGAUGGAUUGGAGUAUUGAAGCAGCAGUUGCUACCUUUGCCCAAGCCAGACCACCAGGAAUCUAUAAGGGUGAUUAUUUGAAAGAACUUUUUCGACGUUAUGGGGAUGUAGAAGAAGCACCUCCCCCUCCUUUAUUGCCAGAGUGGUGUUUUGAGGAAGAAGAAGAGGAAGAUGAGGAAGAGGAUGGAAAAAAAGAAUCUGAGCCUGGAUCAAGUACUUCCUUUGUCAAAAGGAGAAAAGAACGUUUAAAAUUGGGUGCCAUUUUCUUGGAAGGUGUGACAGUUAAAGGUGUAACCCAAGUAACAACUCAACCAAAGUUAGGAGAGAUACAGCAAAAGUGUCAUCAUUUCUGUGGCUGGGAAGGAUCUGGAUUUCCUGGAGCACAGCCUGUUUCCAUGGACAAGCAAAAUAUUAAAUUGCUUGAGCAGAAUCCAUAUAAAGUAAGCUGGAAAGCAGAUGGUACUCGGUAUAUGAUGUUGAUUGAUGGCACAAAUGAAGUUUUUAUGAUAGAUAGAGACAAUUCAGUCUUUCAUGUGUCAAAUUUGGAAUUCCCGUUCCGUAAAGAUCUUCGUAUUCAUUUGUCAAACACACUUUUGGAUGGGGAAAUGAUUGUUGACAAAGUAAAUGGACAGGUCGUUCCUCGGUACUUGAUAUACGACAUAAUUAAAUUUAAUGCACAGCCAGUUGGAAAUUGUGAUUUCAACACUCGAUUGCAGUGUAUUGAAAAAGAAAUAAUAAAUCCUCGGCAUGAAAAAAUGAAGAAUGGACUCAUUGACAAAACACAAGAACCAUUUAGUGUUAGGCACAAGCCAUUUUUUGACAUCUCUAUUUCAAGAAAGCUUCUUGAAGGAAGUUUUGCUAGAGAAGUCAGUCAUGAAGUAGAUGGACUUAUUUUUCAGCCUAUUGGAAAAUACAAACCUGGUCGGUGUGAUGAUAUUUUGAAAUGGAAACCUCCCAGUCUGAAUUCUGUAGAUUUUCGCCUAAAAAUAACAAGAAUGGGAGGAGAAGGGCUGCUUCCCCAGAAUGUUGGCCUUCUUUAUGUUGGAGGUUAUGAAAGACCAUUUGCACAAAUUAAGGUGACAAAAGAACUAAAACAAUAUGACAAUAAAAUUAUAGAAUGCAAAUUUGAGAACAACAGCUGGGUCUUCAUGAGACAGAGAACAGACAAAAGCUUUCCAAAUGCUUAUAACACUGCCAUGGCUGUAUGUAACAGCAUUUCAAACCCAGUCACCAAGGAGAUCCUCUUUGAAUUCAUUGACAGAUGCAUGACAGCUUCUCAAGGACAAGCACGGAAGCAUCAUUUGGACCCAGACGCAGAGCUCAUGCCUCCUCCACCUCCCAAAAAGCCACGUCCUGGCAUCUAAUUUCAGGGUUUAGAAACAAAUAAGUGGAAAAAGCCUGAUAUUGCUUUACAGUUUUAUAGCCAGAGGAACUGAAAAAAAAAUGAUGGGCUAUACAUUUGAGAGGAGGGAGGAAGAAUAACAAAAACCAGUAUUGUAGCUGUCCUGUAAAUAUUUGAUGCAUUUUCUCCAGUGCAUCAUGGACUUGAACAUUCUCUUUUUACUUGAUAAACACAAGCUUACCUUGUAAAAUCUGAAGUUUAAACUAUCCAAAGGUUUAGAUAAGAUUAGAAUCAAUGGAAAGAGGCCUUGUUUAUAUAUGGAUAACUUUCACCUUUAAUUUAUAAUGUUACUAAUCUGGAACUGUGAGUACAGGAAACACUGUAUUUUUAGGGACUGUCUUUCAAAAAUAGUAAAGUUGCAAACUUUUUCUUUUUGUAAGCAAUGGAGUUUGUCUCAUUUAUCACAGAUUUCCUACAUUUCAGAGAUUGAUGUGUUUAAAAAAAAUAGAAUUGUUUGAGUAUAAUACUAGUAAAAUGAGUUUUACUCAUUUUAAUGCUUUUUGUGGGAGGGAAAUAUUAAAAAAAAGUGAAACUAUAUUGUUGUAAUUAACCUCCUUUCUAAAGGAAACCUGUUAGGUAUUUUUAUCUGUUUCUGUUAUUUGAACUCUUGUAUCUAAUGUAUAGUGUGCCAGUUUUAGCUUUGCUUUUUAAGCUUUUCCAUAAAAAGUGAGCACACACCAAAUCUCUAUAUGUAGCUCUCUCAUACAAGACUAUUUCUAAUAGCAGGGCUACUUCAGCUUAACCCUCCACAGUGACAACACAUUGUAAAUGACAUUAAACACACAACUCACUGUGAUAUGCAAGAGUGAUAACCAAUACAAAUGAUCUUGUGUUAGUUCCCCUGAACAAAACAGCAAAGGAAAUGCCAGGUGACUUCUCUGAUUAGGCAGUAAUGUCAAUGGAAUAGAAUACUAUCAUGGGAAAAUGGUGUCCCACUCCUAAAUAAAUGCAGAGUCAAACACUAGACAUUCAUUGGAACUAAACAUCAAGAAAACCAAGCCAUUUAUUUUCUUAACCAAUGUUGGCUGUUCUAUAUCAGUGACAUUAUUCUUGUGAUACCAAAUGAAUAAAUAAAUUGAUUGACAUUUGUACUUGGGACAAUCAUCGAACCCUCUUCCAUAUUCUGAUUGAAGAGCUUUAUUUUGAUUGGUGUGUAGAGAAAUUAUUCUAAGGCUAACCCAAUUAAUAACCAGUGUAUUUUAAGAAGUUUAGAUUUUAAAGGUUUACUGUACAUGUAUUGAAAAAGAAUUUUCAUGGACUACAUUUUAUAUAUGCAUUACUGUUCAGGGGGUAAUGUAUGUUUUUCAAGAUAUACCUACACAUGAAAAAUCCAAAUGGGUUAUCUGGUCUGAUUACCUGGCAGGAUUUCAUCUGUCAGGAUUCAGUUGGUUAUUACCAAAAAUAUGUUUCUAUUCACAUGGAUUUUAAUGUUUCUAAACAAAAUUUUCUCUUGUAUUGAUUUUUCUAUACGAAACACUAGGUUCAUGCUUCGUGAAAGUGUUUUUAUUUGUUCUACUGUGCUGUAUAAUAUGUAUUGUGGGUUCAUCCUAAUUGCCAUUUUCGUGUUUCUUUGUGUCUGUCAGGAUACUGAAAGGGUUAAAUUAGCUGCUUACUGAAGUGAUAGGUGAGAAGGGGAAAAUGCUCAUGUUUCCAUAAUACGUUUUAUACAAAGUAAAAUAUAGGGAAUUGCCUAUGCAAGGUUACAAAAUUGAUUCUUUCCCACACUAAUAAGCCUUACACAAAUUUGAAGCAAAAUUCCUAUGCAACCCUGAAAGCUACUCCAUGCAUCAUUGGGAGCAGUGAUUUCCUUUCAUCUAGCAUAUAGGUUUCUUACCAGACUACAUAAAAAUACAGCCCUUUUAUGAAGAGAAUUUACAAUUUACUUUUGUCAAUUAUCUUUAGUAUAGCUAAAAUGUCUAUGGUAAUUGUAACCUUUUAAAUGAGUUAAGUGAGAAGAAUGUCUCUUUAAUACUUCCAGAUAUUUUUUUCUCCUUGUCUAUAUGCAUUUCACCAGAACUUUUCUUAAUUUAUCCUGUCUGGGUUUUUUUUUUUUAACUGCAGUGCAGUAUAACAGUCUGUCUUCCAACUCUAUCCUCUUUGGUUCCUGAGUGCAUUCACUACUGUCCUCUACAUCUUUAAAAGCAAUCUAGAAGUAAACUAGAAAUUAAAUUUCCAGUACAAACCUAAAGCCAGACUUUAGGACAGCCGAAAGGAAGAGUUGAAUCUUCUCUUCCCAUCUCAUCUCACUUAAUACCAUGUAAAUUCUGGGACUUAUCUUGUGGAUGAGAUAAAGAAAAUUCUCAGCUUUUAAAACAGAGAAUGUGAAGCCCUCAGAUUUGUGGUUUGGAAAAGGUGUGAAAUAACUGUCAAUUUUUGCAUAGAUCAUUUACUUUCAAUUAAGUGCUCAGAAAAUGGCUCCUAAAAUUGUGUAUCAAAGAGUAUUUUAAUAAAGCUACUGGUUUAAAAUGA